AGUUGAAUUGUGGCAAAAGGGAGAAUAGAUAUUUUAAGCGAACAUUGAAUAUAUGUUAGAUGAACCAUGUCGAGCAACAAGAUGUCAAAUAAAUAAAUUGCACAAACAUUGCAACAACGAAUUUGAUUGUUCGAAUAGUCGAUUGUUUUGGUAAUUCGUGACUGGAUUUUGGCAUUCGUUCAACAUUUGGCAUUGCGAAAAUCGUGUAGUGGUGGUGGUGGUAUCGUAUCGUUGGCGCGCGCGAUGCAUUCAUUCGCCUUAAAAUAAAUUCGAAUACGAAAACAGAAGAGAAUGAAGUAGCUUUUCGAAAUAUCACGCUUCUAAACUAAAAAGUCAAUCGGCAAAGUUGGCAUUUAAAAUAGCUGGGCCAUCACUCCUUUCCUCCGUCAUUUCAUACAGCAGCAAUCCAGAGGUGGUGAAUCCAUCGGUACUCCGUUUGCAAGCAGAAGGGGUUUUGCGCUAUUUUUUUUUUCCUAUUGUGUUGUGCUAUUUUCUGUGCAACGGUGAAGUAGUGCUCAUUACAUAUUAACUUCUUUACAAUAAUAAUAAUAGACAUUUUGUACAAAACAAACAAUGUGUUUCAGUGUGAAGGCAAAAAUGACUGUUCUCAUUUUCGAAAUAAAGAAAAAAAAGGAAAACAUGAAGCAUUGCAUAAUCGGAUUUAAUUUUAUUUUUUUAAUGGAAUUGUGAGGCAACAGGACAUUCUUGGUGUGCAAAAAGACAAACACAGUCAGUGAAGCGGACACAAGUUGAUAAACAUUUCGGUGGUGCGAUUGAGUUCAAAACAUUUCGCGCAAUAGUUCAAUAAAUAUUCCAUUAAAAUUUCAGUUGUGCCAAUAAAUUACAACGGCAAUAGCACAAUUGACCAAUUGUCUAGUGGAGAAAAGUUGAUAAACUAUACCACCAGACAACAAAAAAAAAGGAGACGAAGAAUAAAAAUUGCAUCGUAUUCGUUACUGCCCUCAUUGAAAAAUCAAUAGUGCACUAAUUCUUGGAUGUGCUUUCUUAAAAUAGAUUGAAACAAAGGAGCCGAAGCAAAAAAGAAAAACAAAAAUGAGUGAAAUGUUUUAGAAAGAGAGAGUAAUGCAACCAUAAAUCGUACGAUGGAGCUUUGAUUCACCAUCGUCAACAUUGCGACAGAAUGCAUUGCUACAAGUGUUAAAUUGUGAUUCACUGGCAAUUAAUUUAGUUGUUUGCUCCCUUUUGACACGGUUGACAAUGUAGUUAUCAUGAUAUGUUUCGGAAACUCUUUAACCGUUGAGUGGUCUCGCGCUACUUUUGUUCGCAUUUGCUGUUAUUAAAUGUUCAAUUUGCAUAAUUCGCAUGGCAUGCAAUGCGGUGGUGAUGGUGCUGAUGUGUUUUUCGCCUUGCCACACUCACAAUGUUACAACGCGAAAUUCCAAAACGAAACGAAACGUGCGUUACACACAUUUUCCAUUCUCUCUCACCCCUAAAUGAAUUUCUACAUGUAUGUUGCGUGUCAACGAAAAAUUACACACUUAAUUGACGCAUUAGCAGGACCAGUGUGUGUAAGCUGAAACGCAACUUUUUAUCGAAACCAACGUUAAAUGUUGGCGUUAUUGUUAUUUAGCGUUUACAGUAAUUGUUUUCAUUAUUUUUUUGCUUUUCGGAUUUGACAUUGUCUUAAGACACACUGGGCUUAAGAAAUGUUGAAACAAUAAACGAAAAAAAAAGAAAUGUUCAUAAAAUCCACGUAAGAAAGUGUUCACACAAGUGAUUUUUCAAAUGCCUUCAUUUGGUUAUUAUUACUAUUAUUGCACGACAUCGACUGCGAAUCCAAAAAUUGUUGUGUUGAUUUUAUCAAGAUGAUAAAACACGAAACCGAUCUGAAAUGUGAUUUGAUGUCGCCGUCACUUUGCAUGGUCGUUCAACGUUUGUUCUACCGAAAGCGUCGGCACGUCACAUCUUGCUACGAAUACAGUAGCCAUGGACUGUUUUAUGUGCUUCUGCUACUAAUUUAUAGCCAAUUUUUGAUAAAAUCGCCAGCCAUUGUUUUGGCCGAAAUUACGACGAUGAGCCAAAUCAAAGGCAGCACCAACGACGAACGUAUAAAGACAUCCAACGAAAUGGAUCACAUUGUAAUGGCUGUUAAAGUGGAAAAUAUUGGGGUUGCUGCCGAUGCCGAUGCCGCUGCCGCCGCCGCCGCCGUCGCCGUUGCUGACGACGAAUACUUUGAAGACGAUCAAGAUGAUGAUAAGGAAUACAAAGAGCUGCUAUCAAACAAAUCGGCAAAAGGAAUGUAUGUUGGUUCGCCAUGCGAGAGAGGCUGGUGCAAUAUCAAAUUGCAUCAUGUGAUUUGUGAUAAAGCGACAAAUACCUGCAUCUGCGAAAAGAAAUAUCCCGUUGUUAUCGGUCUAUUAAAAGGAUGUGCCAAACCGAAAAAAUUGGGUGAACAAUGCUUUUAUGAUCAAACUUGUAUGCAUAAUGAUAUCAAUUCAUUGUGUAUUCAAAUUCGGCAUAAUGCAUUGUGUCAGUGCGUGCACGGAUUUCACUCUGUCAGCUAUUUGAAGCCGACCAAACGAGUGUUCUGCACUGAGGACAUGUCGACACUUACAUCGGAUCUGCCAACAUUGCUGGGCGUUUCAACGGGGAUUGCCGUUUUGGCCGGUCUCAUCUGUAUGGUUUUGCAUUUGUUUACCAAAACCAAGUAUCCACGACAUCGACACUUUAAUGACAAUAAUUUACCUCCGCCAAUUAUGUAUUCAAGUGAUACAGUUCAUUCAGCCCGGCCAUCGUCACGUUCAGCGAGCAUCCGUUCAAGCAAUUCAUUCGGUUCGUAUGGUCAUCGUCGGCCAUCGAGUGCACCGCAUACCAAUUCAUCGGGCAGCAAAGGGGUGCUCGUAUCAACAAGUCGUUCAGUUGAAACACAAACAGGAUGUUUUAUAGCAUGUGCAGUCUUUCACAGCGCAACGUGUUAUUUUGUCGCUUUCGGUCACCAAAAAAGUUCAAGAAGACCAUCUCUAGCAUCCGUGCACAGCACAAGCUCUUCGAUAAAAAGCUACAGUGCAGCGCGUUUCGAAAAGGAGCUACAACAAAAGGAGAUGCGCCAGGAAAUGAAGCUUCGUUUGACCCGUUUACAGCAACAGCAGCAAUUAAUUCAAAAUAAACCGCAUAUUAUAAUUACUGAUCCGCAUGUAAUCGUCGGUGGUGCCGUAUCUCGCGCCGCUGCAAUCGCCUUAAAAACUCCUAGCCCGCUUACGCCCAAUUCUCUGGAUGAACUAUUACCGUGUGUCAUCGAAACGGCCGAACCACCAACGCCGGUUAAACUACACCGUUCAGAAGCAUACACCGGCCUGUGCAAAUCAUCACUUAGUGACGAGCUAUUUAAUUAAAAAAAGAAAACAUACGUAAAGCGUAAUAAGACGUAGUUAUACUCCAUAUACACAGACGAAAUCUACUGGAAUAGUUUGGAUAUGUCUAUUCGAUUCCGAAUGAAAAUAGGACAAAACACUUACCAAACGUUGUACUGUGUACACGAAACAUUUAAAAGACAAACACACAUUUCGAGAAAAAAAAAUCAAACUGAACAAAAACCAAAUUUAUUUUGAUAAAUGCAACUUGAAAGUCGAUUUUCAAUGUCGGUAUGAAUCAGCAUAUCUUCAGAAUCCGCAUCGAAUCGCACCGCAUUUCAUUCUAAUCAACAAGCGACAAGAAAGAAAUAACAACUACCACUGAAUUCGACGGAAUACGAACCAACCGAAGAACAGUUGAAGUAAUUUCCCUCUGGUUCGUCAUUGUUUUCCAUUUUAGUCAGCAAACAACACAAAACUGACCAACAUUUUGAAGAGAGAAAAGAAAAUUAAGCAAACCAAAUAUUGAAUUUAAAAGAGAUAUUUAUUGAUUAAUAUUUAAACACAGAGAAUUACGAAUGUAUGUUAAAAAAAUAUAUAUAUACUUACGGCUUUUAUAUAACGACGUUAGAGACAAAAAAAAACAAUUGAUCUAUGUGUAAUAAGCUUUUUGUUAAGCCUCAGUCAAUGUGAAACGAAAAAUUGCGCCAAUAUUUUGUUUCAUCUUGGCUAUUUUGGGCUUUGUUUUCUUUUUAUAUCUCUCACACACAAAACUGAGGUGGACAAACCCGUAGUAGACAAUUGAGUACGCUUUCAAGUAAUUUCGAAUAAUUUCCGAAUCCUUUAUUCUUUCGAUAAAUUCAUAUCAUAGUCAAUAAACUUUUGAUCCAAGCAACGGGCAUUUAAUGCAUGGAACUUCGAAAGAAUGUCGAUUAUAAACACAAAUGGGUUGAAUUCUAUUUAAUGCACUGGAAUUGUAUUCAAGUGCAUUUUAAUGUUGUCUUUCAUUGAGUAGAAGAGAAGAAAAAGAAUAAAGAAAAAAAAAACACAGACACAGGGCGAUUCGCUUUUCAACUUACGACUUUACAAAAGCGAUAACAAUGUAUUAGUUAAACAAAUUGUUAGAUCAUUAUUAUCAAUGAACAUUUUGAGUGGACUGAACAAAACAAAAACCAAAAAAAAAUAUAAUUUAGCUAUGAUGUUAAAAUCAA